UAAUACUUAUUGCCAAAAAGGGAAGAGAGAGAAAGAGAGAAGAAUACGUCAUACCUUUGGCUUCAUAGUCAGAGAGCAGCAUACCAUACACUGAUACAUAUUUAAAUGAGUCCAACCAAUUAUAAUAGUUUUUUAAUUUCCUAUCGUAAUUCUUCUACAACUGCAAUUCUUCUUUCGUUCAGUUUUCAGAUUCCCAAAACCAAAUUUUCUAUUAACAACACUAACACAAAGCAGCACCGUUCCUCUUCCUUUGCGUUUACCAUUCUUUCAGCAUCGUCUCUCUCCCUUGUUGCAGAUAUGGAUGCUGCACCAAGCGUAGGAUUGUACCCUCUGCACCGUUGCAAAACUAUUCACUUGGUAAGACAUGCUCAGGGAUUCCACAAUGUGGCUGGAGAGAAAGACCACAGUGCAUACAUGUCUCCUGAUCUUUUUGACGCACAGCUUACGCCUCUCGGUUGGGACCAGGUAGAUAAUCUGCGAAAGCAUGUUCAUUCGUCAGGUCUUUCGAGGGGUGUUGAACUUGUCGUUGUUUCCCCUUUGUUAAGGACAAUGCAAACAGCUGUUGGGGUGUUCGGUGGAGAAGGUUAUGUUGAUGGAAUUGAUGUACCUCCUCUAAUGGCUGAAAACACUGGUGACAGUAACCGUCCAGCUAUUUCAAGUUUAAAUUCUCCUCCAUUUGUUGCAAUGGAACUUUGUCGAGAACAUUUGGGAGUUCAUUGGUGUGAUAAGAGAAGGAGCGUAUCCGAGUACAAGCCACUUUUUCCUGCAAUUGAUUUUUCACUGAUAGAAAAUGAUGCUGACACUCUAUGGGAACUUGAAGUGAGAGAGGCAAAUGAACAUGUUGCUGAGAGGGGUCUCAAGUUUUUGAAUUGGUUGUGGACGAGGGAGGAGACGGAGAUAGCGGUUGUUACACACAGUGGGUUCUUAAUUCACACACUUGCUGCAUUUGGAAAUGAUUGCCAUCCAUCCGUCAAGGCUGAAAUAUGCAGACAAUUCAGCAAUUGUGAACUUCGAUCAGUGGUUAUUGUUGACAAAAGUAUGAUCGGUUCAAGUUCGUCAAAAACCGAUUAUCCGGGAAAAAUUCCUAGUGGGCCUGAUGCCCCAAGUGAUGAUGCUGAUGAGAAGAAGUAGAGUGAAGGAUUCUCUAUAUAAUUAAUUUAGAGCCAAGAGGAAUUUGAUUAUCAGAGUUUCCUACAAACUUGGUCUAUUUAUUUACUUAUAAUUAGGGUUCAUCCAUUAUUUAUUACUCUUUCUCUAUCAAGGAAGGUUAAUUAUGGUUCAUUGGGUGAGGCUAUGAACAGUAGUUUAAGAUAUUUAUUGUUACUUGGGACAACUUUUCAAGCAAAUAAUUUUAGCACAAAUAAACUCAAUUUUA